GCCCCUGGAACUCGCUGCUUGCGCACGUACCGCGAACCGCUGACCGGUGGCUUUCCGAGAUCGGAAUAAGUGACAGCACAAGUGAAAAUAAAUUAAGUUGCAAAGUGAACCGUACGAGAUCGGAUCCCGGCGCGUCCUGAUAUUUUUAGAACUAAAUUCUGUUCGGAAACAGGUUUCGCUUAAACGCAAAAGUACGAGAUACCGGACUGGCCCCCCGCGACUCAAUGGCGCAAUACCAGUUCUUGUGUUUGGUGAUCGUGGCUGCAUUAGGUAUCGGAUCAUGCCAGGACACUAGGAUACGAGACAACGCACCGCCUAGCCUAUUAAAAGAGGUGGAAGAUAACAGCCGGUACAAGACUUUAGAGGCUAAUGCGACCCUUCUGAAACUCUUGGUGGACGACAAAGAUGGUGUUAGCCGGUCUGAAGUAUUUGACAUGCUGCACUCAAAGGACGACGACCAGGACCACAUAGAUCUACCCACAUUCCCCCAAGACGCAGAAGAAGGCAGAGUGGCUGUUCCUAUUGUUCCCGACUCACAAGCGGAAUUCCUUCAAGCAGAGGAGCCGGUCCGCAAAGAUUCCCAGCGGCUUCAAUAUGAGCCAGCGCAUGGAGAACCCAUAGGCUUGGCUGCGGGCAUCAUGAUCGCAGUCACUUGCAGCGUCGUCGCGGUCGCUUACACGGCUCUUAUCGUCUGGAGGCGGAUAUACUUAAAAAGAAAUGGCCUUAAACACGAGCUGUUGCGUAACGAAGAGGCUGUCGCAGAGACAAGGAUUGAGUUAUGAUGAUAUUCACCUGUUUAAUGAAGCCGAGCACAGGGAAAGCUGCGAUAAAAUAUGAAGACUGAAUUUGAUUACUUAAUAUUGUAUUAGACAUAAAUUUUAACAUAUUAUAUUCAGCCACAAAUCUUGCUGUUUGUUGGGAAAUACACCUAUUACGUAUUUAUUUAACUAUUUAUUAGCUAACAUAAAUACUAUAGCUAACAUAAAUAUUACUUAGUUUACCCUCCCAAGUGUUUGUAAAUCCUUUAAUCAGUUUUUCCAUCAUUACUUUUCAUAUACUUGUUGUAGGUAUAUGAAAAGUAAUGUAGUUAGUAAAGUAUGAAAAGUAACUCUUCUUAUAAGUAUUUACAUAGAUAGGAACUUUCCGAACAUAUUAUAUGACAAGUAAUAUUUCAAAAUUAGAAUACAAUAUAAUUUAUGUUUGAGAAAGAAUGAUUUUAAUAAAAUUAAGAGAAAUUAAGUAGGUAUUUUAUAAUAAAAUUAUUUAUUUUUGAGAAAAUACCUGUAUAUAGCCACUGAGUUGCUGCAUCAACUGUGACACAACCAGCUCAGCAGGUCUAUUUUGUAUCUUAGUGGAUAUCAAAUUACCUUACAAACUGUGUUCCAUGAAAUAACUGUCAAACCCUUACCAUCGCUUAACUCGGUUGACAACUGCUGCAACUUUCUGUAGUUUCUAAGAAUAUAAUACGAUUUAUUUCCACCGAGAUACAAAAUAAGCAUACAGAGCGUGGAUUGCGUACCUAACAUAUUGUCAUCAUCGUAAUGGGUGGUAUUAGUGUAUUAAUGCGGCUGAGAUUGUGUGUUUUGGCCAAUAGUAUCAGCUAAUCAGAACUUAUUAUGCUCAUCACAUUGUCGAUGUUCUUCGACAGGCAACCCAUUGGUUUGUAUUGACUUUUAGGUUUUUAGACUACUUUUAAGACUUCUAUAUGAAGCCCGGUAUACCUAGGUAAGACGACUAGCUCUAGUGACCGAGCUACAAGGUUUUCCUUCUAGCUACACCAUUUUUAACACCGAAUGCAGUUAUACGUUUGACCGUUAUAUCUGUCUUCGUUAUUACAGUGUUCAAACCCUUAAGUAAGUAUGGACCGAUUUUACCGCAUUUUCUUAUCAGAAUAAAUGUUUAAUCGCGAUGACUCUUAGCUGUGUUCUGCGUGAAUCCGUUACGAGGAUAUAUAGCUUUUUUCUCACGU